AUCUCUUCAACUAUAAGACCACAAUCUAAUGGAUGCAUCAAGAGAAUCAAAGAUAAAUGUGAAAUCACGAAUGUCAUUUCAAAAGAAAAAAAAGAUCAAGAUAGACAAAAAAGUGGCUGGUGUUUUCUUCUUUUUGCAUUUGUGUUGUAUUUUUGCACCAUUUCAAAUUAAUUGGGGUGCAUUUUCGAUUUGUUUGGCAUUAUUUAUGAUAACAGGUCUAUUUGGCAUCACUAUUUCUUAUCACCGAAACCUUUCACAUAAGAGUUUUAAAAUUCCCAAAUAUCUUGAAUACUUAUUCGCUUAUUGUGGAGUUCAUGCACUUCAGGGUGAUCCAAUCAAUUGGGUGAGUAAGCAUAGAUACCAUCAUCAAUUUGUUGAUACUGAAAAAGAUCCACAUAGUCCCAUUCUAGGAUUUUGGUUUAGUUAUAUUAUUUGGGCCGUUGAAGGAAGAGAUGGAAGCAUCAUUGAAACGAAUAGGAAGCAUCGAAAAUUGGAUAAUGCUGGCGACUUGGAGAAGCAAACUUUCUAUAGGUUUAUUCGCAAAACAUAUAUUCUUCAUCCAAUUGCUCUUGCACUCAUACUCUAUUUUCUUGGAGGAAUUCCUUUUUUCAUUUGGGGAACGUGUGUAAGAACUGUAAUGCUUUUACACUCAACAUUUAUGGUGAAUUCAUUCUGUCAUAUGUGGGGAAAGCAACCAUGGAAAACAAAUGAUUUCUCUACAAACAAUUGGUGGAUGAGUCUGCUUGCAUUUGGAGAAGGUUGGCACAAUAACCACCAUGCUUUUGAGUAUUCAGCUAGGAUGGGCAUUGAAUGGUGGCAAUUUGACCUGGGUUGGUAUGUUAUUGUGUUUCUUCAAGCCAUUGGAGUUGCCACUAAUGUCAAAGUACCAUCCCAAAGCCAUAAGCAAAAGUUGGCCAAAGAUAAACUACAAUAAGCCUUUCUUUAAGUGAUGUGUGGAAUGGAAACAGUUUUUCUUCUAAAAGAUAAUCACCGCAGGAGCUUAAAGAAUCGUUGGAAUCACAUGAUACAAAAACAACAUUGCAAUAGGUGCGUCCAAAUAUCUCAACUAGGUUGACAUAUCUAUAGUAUACUCAUCGUGUUCAAGAACAACAUUGAAAUAGUUAACCCUAUUACAAAAGUUUUUUUCCUCUAUUGUAACAAAAAAUUAGAAUAAUUGGUCCUUAACUUGCAAAAAGUAGAAAACUAUUGGAAGAAUUGUUUUUUAUGU